GCAGAUACAGUGUUUGUAGAGAGUGAGAUAGCAAUGAAAAGAAACAUCAGUUGGGGACCCGCAGAGUGGACGUGUGAGCGGCGAGACUCCCCAGCUGUUGGCCGCUCGGUGCGCGGAGGCGGCGGAAGUAGAGGAGGCGGCGGAAGUAGAGGAGGCGGCGGAAGUAGAGGAGGCGGCGGAAGGAGAGGAGGCGGCGGAAGUAGAGGAGGCGGCGGAAGUAGAGGAGGCGGCGGAAGGAGAGGAGGCGGCGACCCUUGCACCCCCAACAUUGACCAGCAGACCCCAGGUGGUAAGCAAGCAGUUCCCAGGUGGCACCCGCCCCGCGGCGUCCGUCUGGCCCCGAGGAUCGGAAGGCCGCGUGCCGCUGCGGGCACCGAGGAAGCUCUCCUCGGCCCCGCCGUGCGACACAGAAACCUCCCAGGGACCCCAGGGUGCGGCGAACACAGAAAUCGGACCCCCAGAGUGCCUCCAGCGGCGUCCGCCUGGCCCUGGGGAUCGGAAGGCCGCGUGCCGCUGCGGGCACCGAAGAAGCUCUCCUCGGCCCCGCCGUGCGACACAGAAACCUCCCAGGGACCCCAGGGUGCGGGUGCGGCGAACACAGAAAUCGGACCCCCAGAGUGCCUCCAGCGGCGUCCGCCUGGCCCUGGGGAUCGGAAGGCCGCGUGCCGCUGCGGGCACCGAAGAAGCUCUCCUCGGCCCCGCCGUGCGACACAGAAACCUCCCAGGGACCCCAGGGUGCGGGUGCGGCGAACACAGAAAUCGGACCCCCAGAGUGCCUCCAGCGGCGUCCGCCUGCCCCUGAGGAUCGGAAGGCCGCGUGCCGCUGCGGGCACCGAGGAAGUUGUCCUCGGCCCCGCCGUGCGACACAGAAACCUCCCGGCGAUGCCAGGGUGCGGCGAACGGCUAUGGCACAGAUAUCGGUCCUCCAGAGUGCCUCCAGAAUAUCUUCACCUUUGGAGGUGCCUCCACCGCUAG